AUGCCUGCGCCGAAUCAAGGCUUUCGUGGCGCUUCCCUCUAUUCUGGCAUCUUCGAUUCUCAGGAACCACCCAAGGAUAUGCCAAGAGAUGACGACGUCGCACAAGCUUCCGAAGGAACAUCACGGCAGACCCAAGGAGGCUCCUCGACGGACAGUAGCACGACGGUCAAACCGACAAAUGCUGCUGCUACGAACGAUGCGGCGAGCUCCUCCAAGUCUUCAGGUUGGUCUGCAGCUCUCCGCUUUGCGCCACGUCGCACUGCAGCUGCUUCCAAAGCGAAAGCGAAACCGAAUGCGGCUUUCGUUGCUUCCUUUGCGCCCGCACCACAGACAGAUACAGACGUCGAGGAAGCGCCCAAAGGAUCGCUUAGUCGGGCGCCGGGCGUCGCGCCGAAAGCCUCGUCUCCAACCUCAGCGUCUACAUCUGAGCCCUUGGCACCAGCAGCAACUUCCAUCGCGAAGCAUGGUUCCCCGACCGGUACAGGAUCCGGUCCGAGCAGAUCUCUGCCUAGCGUUGACACUGCCGACUUGAAGCUUACAGCUUUAGCUCUGCCUAAUACGGAUCCCGACGACGAAUGGCUCCUGUCCCGGCUGGCGAAGUACCCCAUCGCGGAACCGCCGCCGUUCACACUGCCACCGGAGGACAUCGAGCGUGACAAGGCUUAUGCACGACAAGCUGCAGCAGCGCGUGGCGAGACUCGUCAGCACAGCAGCUAUGAUGAUGUGGAUGGUGUCGACGAAGAUGACGAGGAUGUGAAUGGGUUCUUCUCGACCAAUGCGGGCAAGCGAGCUGCUGCCAAGAAAAAGCGGAAGCGCAAGAGAGGAACGUCUCCGCCAGUCGGGCCGAACAUGACCGCCGAGUACGACCCGCGCAUCCCGAACGAUUACAUGGCGUACAAGCAUUUGGUGUACGAGAGGCGCAAGGCCGAACUCGAAUACAGGAGAUGGCAACAGGAGCGGGAAGAGCGAGGCUAUGGAGAUCAAGACGAUGAGGACUGGGACGAAGACGAGCAGGAGUGGCGAGAUGACGAGCAUGUCAACGAUGAACCAGCGAAUGCCCUCGCACCGCCUGGGUCUCUUCCAGGUCAGACGGAUGCGACCAUUGCAAAGCUCUGGGCACCGCCGCCGUCCGCGCAGGCCUUGACGGGGGAAGAAGCGUAUGCGCGUCGCGUUGCCAUGUCUGCCGAGCCCUCCGUUGCUGUUAUCGCUGCUACUGAACCCGCUCCUGCUGCUGCUCCACUGUCCAGCGGCGAAGAGGUCUAUCAACGAAGAAUCGCGAUGACCAGUGCUGCCACAGGCGAAGAAGCGUACCUUCGCCGGCUUGCCAUGUCACAGGUACGCCCACCUGGUCCUCCACCCGGUCCGCCCCCCGGCCCGCCACCGUCUCGUCCCCCACAACCAUCUCAGCCGACUAGCUCGUCCGACUCGCUCUCAUCCCAACGCGCGGCAGCAGCGGCCAUCGCAGCGCGGCUCAACUCACUCCAUCCCACCCCCGCCCCAUCCUCCGCCGCGCCCACCCCUGCGCAGACGUCAGGAGACCCGUUUACGUUCGCCGCUCGUCUCAUGACCUCCUACGGCUACGUUCCGGGCACGGGCCUUGGCGCCUCCUCGAAUGGUAUCAUCGAACCCCUCACUGCUACCGCCUCAAAGGGGAAGGGUCGGGGCGAGAUCAGCAACCCCGCUCAGCGCGCCCUCGCCGACGCCGACACGGCCAAGUACGGAAGCAGCACAGCCUCACCCAUAGUAGUGCUGCUCAACAUGGCCACGCCUACCGACCUCGCAUCCAGCACAGCCCGGAGCGAGCUGAUCGAAGACAUCGAGGGGGAGUGCGCGAAGUUUGGCAUCGUGAAGCAAGUCAAACCGUGGUCAGAGGGGGAAGGAGGGCAGGUGAGGGUCUUUGUGGAGUUCACGGGCGAGGCGGGCAGUUGGAAGGCUGUCAGGGGUUUGGAUGGAAGGUGGUUUGAGGGCAGACAGGUGAGGGCUUGCUAUUAUGAUCAGGGAGCUUGGGUGAGGGGCGAGCUCGGGUUGCCGGUUGGGGCGAGUGAUCGUUGA